UAACCUCUAAAUUCCUAAACCCAAACCUGAUCAAAUAAACACAGACACCAAUAUAAUAAGUAGCAAAUAUUUUUGUGCAAAUUAUAGAAUACAGAAUAUCUAGUUUUCGACUAUAUUAUUUGCUUUAAGCCAUUAAGGGAAGUCUCGUUUCAAUAUGUGUAAAAAGAAAAACCAAAGCCUUUCUGAACUGUACACUAUGGAUACAGACUCAGAUUCCGAUAUUUCCUCUGAUAGUGAGGGAGAUAGCGACGUGAGCAUGAGCUCUGAUUCUGAACCUGAGAACGCGACUGCAACAGAAACACUUAAUACUACCAAAGAUGAAACUGAAGACAACUCAGAAGAAUCUGAGGAUGAAGUUAUCAAGGCAAUAAAGAGAGAAUGUGAGAAGAAAAAUGACCACCCGCCCACUAUUACAUGUGAAGACUUUAUUACUGAUAUUUGUUUUCAUCCAGUGCAUGAUAUUUUGGCAGUUGCUAAUAUUAUUGGGGAUGUUCUUUUGUAUAAAUACAGCUUGGAAGGAAACAGUGUGCUUAAUACUCUUGAACUUCAUUCGAAAACUUGCAGAGAUAUUGAGUUUAGUCAUGAUGGCAAAAUUCUUUUUUCUGUUUCCAAAGAUAAGGCAAUCAUGUUGAGUGAUGUAGACACUGGAAAACUAGUUCGGUUUUAUGAGAAGGCACAUGAUGACUCUCUAAAUUGUUUGACUGUUAUUGAUGAACACUGUUUUGCUACUGGAGAUGAUGACGGAACAAUCAAACUCUGGGAUCAGAGGCAAAAUGGAGACAAACCAAUAUAUAAAACCAAGAAAAAUGAAGAUUAUAUUACAGAUAUGAUUACUAAUGAAUCCCAUAAAUAUUUGGUGUGCUCUAGCGGAGAUGGUUCUUUGACCACCAUAGAUUUGGAAAAGAGAAGUGUCUUCAUGCAAAGUGAGGAGUAUGAUGAUGAAUUGACUUGCUUAGGGUUGUUUAGAUCUGAAAGCAAAGUUCUUGCAGGUUCUUCAAAAGGUGUGCAAUACCUAUUUAAUUGGGGUGAAUUUGGGCUUCAUAGUGAUGCAUUUCCUGGCCCAAAAGAAUCAAUCAAUGCCUUGAUUCCGAUUACGGAAAAUAUUGUCGUGACUGGCCAGGAGGAUGGUAAUCUUAGAGCUACACAUCUUUUUCCUCACAGGCAUUUGGGAAUCGUAGGCCAGCAUGAAUUGUCUGUAGAAAAUAUAGAUAUAUGCAAUAACGGCAAUUUUAUAGCAUCUAGUGGCCAUCUUAAUGAAAUAAAGUUUUGGAAUGUUCAAUAUUUUGAAGAUUUCGAAAAAGUGAGUCACAAGCAUAGCAAACACGAGAGGAAAAGAGAAUUGGCAAAUAAUCUGCCAUCCUCUAAAGUGAGGAAUACUUCAGAUUUUUUUAGUGAUUUAGCAUAAGCUAUUGUUGCUUCUAUCUUUGUAAGUAGUUAAAAUAAUAUUAUUUUGUCAAAUAUGUAACGCUUCCUUAAUUAAAUUAAAAAAAAUCAUACUUUUUUACA